CCACAUCAGCUAGAAUAUCAGAGAAAGAAAAGGCAGCCGCAACGAAGUCGCCAGGUAAACCCAUUAGAAAUGUCAGCGGCUGGAGUUGUUGACGAGCCAAGCUCUGCCGCGGCACAGCAGCCAGCGUCAACAACUGAAACAUCAUCACCGACAACAGCAGCAACAACGACAACAUUACCAGUGGCUGAAAUCGCCGCAUCCAGCAUACGUUCCGGUUUGGCGGAGCUGGAGCUGCGCUCAUCUCAGGUGCUCCAGCGACUGGAGAAUGUUAAAGCCGUUCCCGGCUCGCCAAGCAAGGUGAGCAGCGGCGGGUUAAGCGACAGUCAGAGCCAGAGUGCACCUGAGCAACAUUCUCUGCAGGAUGAGGAGACACACGAGACACGCACUUCGGCCGCCGAUAUUGUACUGUCGACACAGUUGCGCCAGGAGCAUCGUGUGCCCUCAGAUAUACUUAAAUCGCUGGAGCUACUGGUCGCCUACGCGGAGAACGACGAUGAUUCGGAGUUUCCGCUGCCUGCCUUGGACGAUGUCUCACAUCUGGCUCUCAUCUCGCACAGCAUUGUUGCAUACCUUUCGCAUCUGGAUCGACAUCACUUGCUGCGUGUGACCAAUAGCAUCUCGGGUGAUGCCACACGCUGGCUGGGCGCAUUGUUUCACUUUGGCAAUGCCGCUAGCAGUUUCCAUGCGGACAACGCUGAUGCCGUCCUGCGAACCGUGCGCCUUGCAAUUGUCGCUCGCUGUCCGGGCUAUUUGGAAGGUGGAAUACCGGCGCUGGCGCAUCCGUGCUUCUAUAUUUCAGACAAUACGACGCCUGUGCGGUUGCAAUAUGCGUGCCGGCAACUGGGCAUAUCGCUGGACGCCAUCAAAAUCAUACCGGAGGACAGUAAAUACGGCACCAUGGAUGUGAACCACCUACAGAAGCAGGUGCACCUAGAUCUGGCUGCCAAUCGCACACCGCUACUGGUUGUGGCCGACAUUGGGGCCUCGCUCUGCGGCUAUGUGGAUAAUCUGCAGCUUUUGCGGGAUGUCUGCAAGGCGCAAAAUAUGUGGCUACAUGCCAGCGGCCAUGGAUUGGCCGCACUCGUUUGUGCCCAGCGGCCGGGCAAUGUUCAUGAUGUCCUGCAUUCUAUGGCCCUCAAUUUAGGCAGCUGGUUGGGCGUGCCCAGUCUGCCCAUUGUGUUACUUCAUCGGCCGCUGCAGAACAGCGCACUGAGUGCCUUCGAAUCAGACCCAAUCCUCUCGCGGCGCUUAAGCGCCCUUUCUCUGUGGACCAGCCUGCAAGCGCUCGGCCGGAAGGCAAUCGCUGAGCGUUUACAUGUGGCAUUCCAGACAUGCAGUAUUUUAUUCGAAAUCGCCUCCAAAUGCGAGGGUAUUCGUGUGCUGAGUCACACGCCUGGUGCUCAAACGGGCGCCCCUCUGGCGGACGUGAUAAACAGUCCGUUUGAUGUGAACGCCCUGUUCGAUGCGUCUGCUCCUGUGGUCGUCUAUCAGUUCGACGGCAGCACAACGAUUCCCAUUUCGUCUGGUGCGGAGCCCACUGCCGUAACCGGCCUCCGGCCACUGGAGAAAGUUAACAAUGCCUCGUACUUUGAUCGCCUGAACUCCUGGCUGGGUCAGAUACUGCAGCGCGACUGCCCUAAUUUUGACUUUGAGGUGAUUGAGCAUACGGCGCAUGGUAGCUGCAUUCGUUACUGUCCGUUGGAGCUGGGUCUGGGCGAACAGCCGCCCAGCUCAGAAAAUCUAGAGAGCUUUGCGCAAAGCCUGGAGGCGCAUGUGGACAUACUGCGAGCCACAAUCAAGCACAAGGCACGCUUUAUGUAUUUGGUUGAGCGCAGCGAUGUUCUUCGACUCGUCCCGCUGCCGGAAUGGGCGGGCAUGGGUGGGGUGCGAUUUGUGCCCGAGGGGUGGGAAUCGCUCUUAACGGAUCAGGCUAAAACGGAGCUGAACAAGCUCAACAUUGAUCUGGUGGAAGCGCUCAAGUCAACGGAUAAUGCCUUCUCGUUGGGCGAGGGCACAGACGGACUCAUCUGUGUGCGCUUCGGUAUGGUCACGCACGAAACGGAGGUAGAAGAGUUGCUCGACCUUGUCGUUACCGUUGGCAAGAGCGUGCAGGAGAACUCGCGCGUCCUCGACACCAUGUCUGAAAUUGUAAAGAAGGGCAUUGAGGCAGCUACUGCGGAUUUGCAGCGCGAAUCGGAGGAGAAACUCUGGCAGGAGGGCAUUUUGCGACAUGUUCCAGUUGUGGGGCGCGUCUUCAACUGGUGGUCACCGCCCGCCAAAGAGUCGGGCAUCAAGGGUCGCAGCCUCAAUUUGACCCAAGGCGUUGUCGAGAGCACCGAGAACAUUUACAAAUAUCACAUGCAAAUGUCGGGCGAAACAGCUCAUCAGCUACCAGCGAAUCGUUCGCCACCGACGCCAAUGAUACAAACACCUGUGGUGUCCACGGCCGCACCGCCCAUAUUCCCAACCGUAGAGCCCGUAAUUACUGAAACGCCCGAAUCAGCAUCGCCGGUUGCUGCAACACCACCAGCUACGCUUAUAUCGGCAACAGCUUCAGCGGCAGCAGCAACAGCAGCAAUUAGUAACCACGUGGAUCGUGUGCGCACUGUCAGCCAGAGCAGUGCUGGAUCCUCAUCUGUGCCCGAACUGGUGGCUGUCAAUUGUGCAAUCAACAACAAUAAAUUAAAUAAUGACUUGGGUCAGGCACAAACAAAUGAGGAGCAACGACAAGCUUAAGUAGCCCCCACUUAUGACACGCCUCCCAUAUUUCCAUCUUAACUAAAAACAAACAAAAACUCCAAAUGCAAUUCUGUAAUUCCAAAGAAAUCUUAGAUGAGAGCAGGGAAAUCGACGGAUCUUUCGUAAGCAUUCGAAGGAAGUUCCAUAGGAUCGCACAUUUGCUUUUAUGUAUUUCUAUCUAUUGAAUUAUUUAUCAUUUAUCUAUUCUUAUUCAUUUAUGAAUAAUCAACUUAUUGUACGUAUUCCAUAUACUUUUUUUUAUGUUGCAUUGUUGCUGUUGUUCGCUGUAGGACGUUUUAAUAUCAUUUUCAACGGUUCCACUUAUGCCUUUUGUUUAUUAUUUUGAUUUGUGAGCAUGCAAGUACCUUUAAUUGAAUAAUUAAGCGAAGGGCAAUUAAUUUGUCCCAAUAUUUAAUUGAGUGUAGCAAUAACUUGCACCAUUUAGCCACUAAGUGAAUAAAAACAUCUGCCGAUAACGGUUGCUUAAAAUUAAAAUAUACAUACAAAUAUAAUUUAAUACAGAUAUGUAUAUUAAUAUAAGCGCAUAAUACAAAUGAUAAAUAUAUUUAUUAUACAAGUUGAAAUAAAGUAUGCUGCUGACUUGUGCACAAUGAUAAAUUAAAA